GUUUGGACCCGCCUUUUGCCAAAACGUCACAUCCAAACAUGGCAGCUUUCUUGAGCCGGUUGCACCACAUUUCGCUCCACGUUUCUAACGCGGAGAAAAUUGCCAAUGACCUUGUCUCUAAAUUCAAGUUUAGUUUGUUUGCUACCAGACUAACCGACAGGUCCAGGCAGCUGGCUUUCAGAAAAGGAGCGGCAGUUUUCGUCGUGAAUGAAGAGCUACAGGGAAUCACAGACAAUUAUUCACCUGAUCCACAUCGGGUCAAAGUGGGGAAAUACAACCAGGAUCAAUUUAUGAAAUGCCUUUACGAUGUCAGCCAACAUUACUCCGUGGAUACUGUAAGCAACGUGUGUUUCGAGGUGGAAGAUGUGGAAAGGUCAUUCAAGGCUCUUCACCAUCUGGGCUGCAAUUUCCUGGUGCCUCCCACCACAGUUAGGGAUGAGGGUGGUCUUGUCACCUACUCUGUGGUUAAAUCUAUUGUGGGAAAUGUGUGCCACACACUCAUUGACAGGACACAAUAUGAGGGAAGCUUCUUGCCUGGGUUUAAUGUCAUUGAAAAGGACUUCUGCUUGGAAGAAGACGUGUCUUGUCCAAUCACACAUUUUGAUCACAUAACUUAUGCCUGUCCCAGGAAAACAACCCACCAGGUCAUGAGGUGGUAUGAGAAGGCCUUUGGUUUUCAGAGGUUUUUCAUUGAUGGUAAUGAAGAUGUGGACGAAGGUUUUGUCGUAAACCAGGACGGCAUUGGACUACGUCUUACUGCCAUGGAGUAUUGGAAGUGCAGCAAAGCAGGCAUCAUUCUCCCCUCUGUGGACAAAAAAGAGCCUGACUGCAAGUUUGUCAUUGCAGAAUCACUGCCUGAACAAGGCAGGAAUCAGGUUGACACUUUCUUGGAGAAGCACAGGACCCCAGGGAUCCAGCACAUUGGGCUGUACACAAAAAACAUUGUUUCUACUGCACAUGCGAUGGCUGAAGCUGGUGUCCAGUUUUUCUCCCCUCCUCCUGCCUACUACACAGAGGUGGGAAAACAGCAGGAGAUAGAGGAGGCAGGACACAACCCCCAGAUGCUGGCCCAGCAUGGCAUUCUCCUGGACACAGACCUGCACCAGGAUACCUCAUCACAGACAGCAUCUAGUGAAAAUGGAAGAUACCUUCUCCAGGUGUUCACUAAGCCCAUCUUUGCAGAGGACACCUUCUUCCUCGAGCUGAUAGAGCGAAGAGGGGCGACAGGUUUUGGUGAGGGGAACAUCCGGGCACUGUGGAGGUCGGUGCAGGCGCACAUGGAGAAGGAGAGGGAGCAUUCUCAAGGAGAGGGAUCCCCAAAAACUGUGCAGACUACUCAGUAUUAGUCACUCCAGACAUUGUCAACUGAGGUUGUUUUAUUUCAUGGGGUUUUAUAUAUCAAUAUGAGAGCACUUAUUAGGACAAACAUGUAAAAUGUAAAAACAAAUGUUAUAUGUUUACAGACGUUUUCCACAAGUGGUAUACAUUUCAGUAGUGGAUUUGGUGGUAAAUCUCAAGUUACAUCUUGCACUGCUAACAGUACAAAUUCUAUAUUGUAUAAAUAUCUAGCUUUCAACAUGACUGAAAGGAUUAAAUACAUAAAACUGCAAAAUGUGAACAAAGUGGUACAAAAACAGAUGUUACACACUAUACUUGAAAUGUUAAACAGAGAGAUACUUGCUGUAGCAGUAAAAUAAUGUCUUUGUUUUUAUUGAGUAAAUGCAAAGCAACUGACUGACUCCAGAGCAACUGUUCCUUAAUAAAUCUGUUACUCACACUA